GGCUCUAGGGCGGCAGAUAAGGCUGUUGCCAUGGUGAUGAAGGAGAUACCGAGGGAGGAGUCUGCUGAAGAAAAGCCCCUCCUUACUAUGACAUCACAGCUGGUGAAUGAACAGCAAGAAAGCAGACCCCUCCUGAGUCCCUCCAUCGAUGACUUUCUCUGUGAAACCAAAUCGGAGGCAAUAGCAAGGCCAGUAACGUCCAACACAGCCGUAUUGACCACAGGCUUAGAUCUCCUUGACCUGAGUGAACCCGUCUCUCAAACCCAAACCAAAGCCAAGAAGUUGGAGGCCUCGUCAAAAACCUCAUCCCUCAAGAAAAAGGCUGAUGGAACUGACCUCAUCAGUGCAGAUGCUGAGCAGAGAGGCCAGCCCCUCCGAGGCCCAGAGACGGCAUCCUUAGAUUUAGACAUUCAAACACAACUGGAAAAAUGGGAUGAUGUUAAGUUUCAUGGAGAUCGAAAUAGCAAAGGGCACCCAAUGGCAGAGAGAAAAUCAUGCUCAUCUAGAACUGGAUCAAAAGAACUCUUGUGGUCCUCAGAGCACAGAUCUCAACCAGAACUGAGUGGUGGGAAAAGCGCCCUCAACUUGGAGUCAGCUUCAGAGUUGGAAUUAGUGCCUCCGACACAGGCUCGACUGACCAAAGAACAGCGCUGGGGAAGUGCAUUACUUUCCAGAAACCAUUCCUUAGAAGAGGAAUUUGAAAGGGCAAAAGCAGCAGUGGAGUCAGAUACAGAGUUUUGGGAUAAGAUGCAAGCAGAAUGGGAAGAAAUGGCGCGGAGGAACUGGAUAUCCGACAACCAAGAAGCCCAGAACCAAGUUACAAUCUCAGCUAGCGAGAAGGGCUAUUACUUCCACACUGAAAACCCCUUCAAGGACUGGCCUGGAGCAUUUGAAGAAGGUUUAAAAAGGCUGAAGGAAGGGGACCUGCCAGUCACCAUCCUGUUCAUGGAGGCAGCGAUUCUUCAGGACCCCGGAGAUGCAGAGGCAUGGCAGUUCCUCGGGAUCACCCAGGCGGAGAACGAAAACGAACAAGCAGCUAUUGUCGCCCUCCAGAGGUGCUUAGAAUUGCAGCCCAACAACUUGAAAGCUUUGAUGGCUCUGGCUGUGAGUUACACUAACACGGGCCAUCAGCAGGAUGCCUGUGAAGCUCUAAAGAAUUGGAUUAAGCAAAAUCCAAAGUACAAAUACCUUGUGAAGAGCAAGAAAGGAUCUCCAGGCCUCAGCCGGCGAAUGUCUAAAUCUCCAGUUGAUAGUUCUGUUCUGGAAGGAGUAAAGGAAUUGUAUCUGGAAGCUGCCCACCAAAAUGGAGAUAUGAUCGACCCAGACCUGCAGACAGGUCUCGGAGUACUGUUCCACCUGAGCGGAGAAUUUAACAGAGCAAUAGAUGCAUUUAAUGCUGCCUUAACUGUUCGGCCAGAGGACUAUUCAUUGUGGAACCGUCUCGGGGCGACCUUGGCGAAUGGAGACCGCAGCGAGGAAGCAGUGGAGGCCUACACGCGAGCACUGGAGAUUCAGCCAGGCUUCAUCCGAUCCAGAUACAAUCUGGGAAUAAGCUGCAUCAACCUGGGCGCCUACAGAGAAGCGGUCAGCAAUUUCCUCACUGCCCUCAGUUUGCAAAGAAAGAGCAGGAAUCAACAGCAAGUUCCUCAUCCUGCCAUCUCUGGGAAUAUCUGGGCUGCCCUCAGAAUCGCACUUUCUCUGAUGGACCAACCAGAACUCUUCCAGGCGGCUAACCUCGGUGACCUGGAUGUCCUCUUAAGAGCUUUCAACUUGGAUCCUUGAAGGAAAAGAAAAAAAUUAAAAACAAUAAUCCCUCAUCUGAGUAAUUGUACUGAGAAAUGCAAAACUAUUUUAUUAUGAAUUUCAAAAAGGAUAAACCAGAUGUUCAAAAGGCCAGGGUGAUAGAACCCAAGGGAAUUCCUACAGACAAUGCCCAGUCUCUGCUCAGACCCAAAAGCACAAAAUGUUGUCUGUAGAGUCAAGGUCGGGCUCGAAAGAAGAAUUGACAGACUCAAGACAAGCCAAGAUAAAGUAACUGUUUGUGAAUACUCUUUUCACAAGCUGCAAGCAUAUUGCAAAACAUGUUCUUUGGGGGUUUUGUCCCCACUUGCAGCAGAUGGCACAUCUAAGGAACUUGCUCGUGGGACCCCUGGAGAAAGCACUGCCUCAGAUCAGGGAAUUCCGACUAUUUCUGAACUUUCCCCUGAAAUUCUCCCUUUUACAAGAUUGACCAUAGGUUGGGCCAAGGUGCAUGCACAUAUACUAACUCUUGACUAAAGAGAGGCAUUGCUUAAGCCUGUUCCAAUUUUAACUUUUACUGUAGCUCUUUGAUUCCAGAGAGGGAGCUUUGCUGGCAAAAGCAGUUUUUGCACUAGAAAUUUCUGCUGUCCCAAAUCAAAACUUUUCUGGGACUGUAUAUAUGCACUUUAAUAUCUUAUUUAUGCCUUGCUGGAGUUUUGUUUUGUUGCUCCAAUUUUUAACUUGGGGGUGAAAGAUUUGAGAACUCAGCCUUGUUAGAUCAAUGGACCAAAUAAAAAUUCCUGAAAAUUGUUUUCAUAGUGUAGGGUUUUGAAGGAGUGUUUUUCUUAAAGCAGAUAUGACAUAGGAUGUAAAUAUGUCAAACACACGUGCUUCUUAUUCACGUGCUUUCUGGGACUGUAUGAACUUAAGCAAGAGAUGAGGUACCGUCUCUUCAUGCAUUCUCUGCAGGGAGAAAGUUUGAUGAUAUUGUGAUUUCUAUGGAGUUGACAUUAACUUGCUUAAAUGUCAUAGUUUACUUGCUUUCUAACUGCCCUGCACACCAAU